AUGGCAUUAAAUAAAUUUAUGCACCCUAGAAACAUAUACAGAACACCGCCUGAUUUCUGUAAGUUAUUCAAAGAGUUCGAAGAAUUUUCUAAUAUAGCAAAAAUGGAUGUUUCAGGAAAGGUCAGCAUUGAUUUCAAAGAUCCUCAGGCUCUAAGAAUUUUAACUAAAUGCUUAUUAAAAUCAGAUUUUGGCUUAGAUGUUAUCAUACCUGAAGAUAGAUUGGUUCCAACUCUACCAUUGAGACUGAAUUAUAUUUUAUGGAUUGAAGAUUUGAUGACCUCAAUUCAUAGGGAAGACAGCAUUACAGGAUUAGACAUUGGUACAGGAGCAUGUGCCAUAUACCCUUUAUUAUCAGCUGUGAAAAACAAAUGGUAUAUGGUCGGGACAGAAAAAGAUGAACAAAGUUUGCAGAAGGCUGUGGACAAUGUUACAAGAAAUAAUUUGCAACAUCUUAUUAAGUUGCGAAAUAAUACAUCAGCAUCACUGAUUGAACAUUUAUUUUUGGAUGAUGAUGGACUUAGAGUCGACUUUUGUAUGUGCAAUCCACCAUUUUACAGCAGUUUUCAAGAUUUGUAUGAAUCACGCAGCCCUGCAAGGCCUCCACCAAAAAAUGCCUUUACUGGAUCACCUCAAGAGUUGAUCACGGAAGGUGGAGAGCUGGAGUUUUGUAGGAAGUUGAUUAAAGAAAGUGAAGCAUUCAAAAAUAACAUUCUCAUAUUUACUACAAUGAUUGGACAUAAAUACAAUUUGAAAGAACUAAUUUUAGACCUUAAAGCUAAAGGAAUUAGACAUACCACUACAGAAUUCUGUCAAGGUCGUGUCACUCGAUGGGGUUUAGCUUGGACAUACCAAGAUUUUGAUAUCUAUAAUUUAGUCCCUCCAAGAGAGAAAUCCAGGAAGAAAAAUGUUCCUGUCUCCUUUGUGUUGCCAGAGCUAUCAAAACAAUGUCAUAACAUUGAAAAUAUAAGUGAAAAAAUUAAAACAAUGUUUGAUCGCCUCGAAAUUCAACACAAGCUUAUUACGAAAAGACGAAAUGAAAUAAUAUUAAACUUCACAGCUUUGAGAAAUAAUUGGUCUAAUCAAAGACGUAAAAGAAGGUUUUUAAAAAGAACAGAAGAAGAUGAACCUAAAGCACAAAAAGUAAAACAACUAGACGUGACAAAUGAAAAAUGUAUUGAAAUAGAUUCAGUCUCAUGUGAUCAAACAAAAGAUGAAGAGCAAAAAUCAUUACUUAAUGAAACUAUUAUUAAUACUGAAAAUAAUAUAGCAACAUGCAGUUUAGUACUGAAUGAUAAUAGUAAACAAAAUAAAAAUGAUAAUGAAAAUCCUCUUGUACAAGGUAUUAUAAAAAUAAGCAAUAAAGUUAAUCAAAUUGUUCUUGACAUGGAAUAUAUUGAAGGAAGCGCAGGUAAAGAGGGUAUUCAUCAAAUAUUGCAAUACAUUAAAAACAAUUUGAAAUGA